AUGGCCAACAAGGCACGGGACAUUAUUCGCGGCAUCUUCUCCCCUCGCCAAGGGGAGCUGGAGUGUGUGCUCUCCGGCUUCCUCACCCGCGAGAACUACGCCCUAAUGCGGCGCUUCUGGGUACCUUUUCUGACGACGGAGCUGAGGGAUAAGUGGUACAUCGACGCGGUGAUGCUCUCCGUGCUCGGCAGGAAUCACUGGCAGUCGUGGGGUCAGCCAAAGGAGGCCGCUUGUGUCGCCCUCAGCCGGGAGGAGGUGCUGCAGUUGAACCGGAAGCGACGGGAGUGCUAUGAUCGGCUGCGCGAGCGCCUCGCGGUGCUGAGCGGCGCCUUGAUGGAGAAGGGCGACCACCGUGGAAAGAAGGGUGAUCGGGAGACGCUGCUGGCGGACAACCAUUGCCACGAAGUCGCCGUGGCCGGAGUCUCUGCAGUCGAGUCGGAUGGCAUCUCUUGCAGCGGCAAGGUCGGCACCCACAAGAGCCCUGACGCCAGUUUGCUUGGCCGCACCAGCGCUCCUAAACCUGAUCAGCAUUCCGUCCCAGGCGCGACAACGACGGUGCAGCGCCAGGAGCCGCUGAGCGUGUUGCUCAUGCGCCUGCAGACAACCGUGUCCACCAGCUUCGACUGCUUCGACCUCAUCGCCGCGCGAAUCCCCGCUGCCAUCGUCUCCUCGCUGACGAAUCAGUACUUCUCGAGCUCCACUCCAGUCGUGUACGAGCAGGUGGCGUACCAGGAGAAGAAGAUAGGCGACCUCGAUGUGCUCUCCUUCUUCGUUUCCAUCGAGGCGCGGCGACAACUUCUCAAUGGGCGCGUGCCGGCCGACAUGAACCGCAACGCGACAUCCAACAUGAAGGGUCACAACAACGGUGACCCCGGCGACUUCGUUCCCUUCGCUCGCGAGGAGAAAGAGGACCCGAUCCAGACCACACAGCAGCUCUACUCAGCCGUCUGCCACGCCGGGCUGGUCGUUACCACAGCGUGCUCGUCAAUGGUGCUGACAGUACUUUUCCACCUCGCCGAUGUGCUGCGCGAGCGGCAGGCGUUCCGUGAGAACAAGGCGAAGGCGGCGCAGCUCGGUGUCGCGCUCGAGCAGCUGAUUGGCCACAAGGCUGCCCCUGUGCACGCGUACUCGGAGAAGGCAGUGGAGAAGCUUGAGGCGCUCAAGCGCGACGUCGUCACGGGCGAGAUGUCGCUGACGGUGCUGGCGAAGGAGUUGGUAUUGCGCUUCCGCAGCGAGAACCGCGCCAAGAUAGAAAAGUUGCGGGACUGCUACCCCGAUCUCUUCGCUUACCUGGAGAUGGCCGCGACGCCGGAGGAGCGACAAGACUUUGAUGUGAUGCGGUUGCUGAGCGGGAUAGCGCUGAAGCUGAUGUUCCUGACCGGCGGCGGCCAGCGCAGCAUCGUCGCAGAUGACCGCCGCGUGCCGGCUGGAGGAAACCGGAUCACAGACGACGUGGCGCUCAGCGCCAUGCUCGAGGUGCCGAUGCUCAACCUCAUCUGCUGGAUCGGGUGCAUGAUGGGCAUGCCGAUCAUGUCGAGCCACGGCCUCCUCGCCCCGCAGCACCAAGGUAAGCGGCCGCUCACCCUCGUGGAGAUGGACGAGUGCUGCGGCGCAAUGCGCGUGCUGUUCCAGGCCGUCGGCGCCUUGCCUUGCGGCAACGCUUGCCCGCAGAAUAUCAAGGAGUGGUUUCCGCUCUUCCCCUUCUACGCGGUGAACUCGGAGGGCAAGCGCGUCCUCCUCUACCUUUACACCGCCCAGGUCACCGCCAUCCAACGAGUGCCGCUGACGCUGCAGAAAGACAUGACGCUCCUCUCCUUCGCGACGGCGUUGACGAGAGCCAUAGGUGGGGGCGUGGCGGACAUCUCCAACUACUUUUUCGAGCCGAACUUCACCGUGGGCCACUCCCCCUGCAACACAGACAGCAACAGCGACAUGGCCAGCGAGGAUGCGACGCAGCGGUCGGCGAGCGCAAGUGAACCGAUGUUGCCGUCGAUGAGCGGGAGCGGUGCCUCGUGGUCGGAAAGCCCGGCCUUUGAGUGUAGGACGUCCCCGAGUGUCUCCCCAUCGCCGACCACAGCAGACGGCAAGGCCUGCCGAGAUGAGCACCGCAGCUCCUCGGCCUCAUCCGACGCGUCCUCCGCGUGUAGCACGUUGAUGGAGGAGAACCUCAACAUCGACGUUUACACGUGCAUGAAUCCGCAGAUGCAGCUGUACGUGCGCUGCAGCACCGAGGCCACGACGCACCGGCACGGCGUGACGGAGUUGACGCCUUUUGUGAGCACCACCUUCUACUGUUCGACUCGUGACAUUGAGGCUGACCGGCCCGAUAUCGCGCCGGCGAUCCGCCACGCUGUGCCGAAGCUGCUGCCUAGUGAGGGCUUGUUGACGCUUCGCUGGACAUCUGGAGAACCGUUGUUAACCUUCUGUCCCGGCGACCUCGUCUCCGUCAUGGCAGAGCGCGUGGCCACGUCGGCGGCGGGCGGCGGUGAUGCGACAAGAGUGUCUAGCUCGCAGCAGCAGGAGCAGUUGCCCACCUCCAGUGCACCCGACUUCACCAGCGCCACCCCCCGCGUGUCCGAGGGCAAUGGUGCGUUGGACGCGCUGAUGAGUGGAAAGGAAGGUGCGAUUGGGGCCGCGGACGACAACAGCGGCAACGCGGCAGCUGCGAGGGCGCGGACGCACCUGGCCACCAUUGAUGAACCCGAGAAGCACAGCAGUGACACGGUCUCGUCUCUUCACAGACACGCGGGCGCCUACAACCCCGCCUUGGAGGACGACUCCAUGACCAUGUCCAGCGGCGACUGUGCCGUGCUGGAGACGGCGCACGCGUACCAAGGCGUCAUGCACGACGUCCUCGGCCUGCAUGAAAAGGUUAGCCGCCGUAUUGGUGUGCAGUGGAAAGUGCUCGAGGUGCUGCCGUGCAGCCAGCUCGCUAGGCAAUCGUGUCGCAUGAACGGGAGCAACUCGUCGAGUGCGGUGGCGGCGGCCGGGAAGCAGGACGAGAGUGACAAGCACAACGCGUACUACAGAGAGGUGGUCCUGCAUGUCACGGCGCCGGACAUGCUGCUCGCAGUUCCGCUGCGCAUCUUGACCAUCGGCCACGAACGCGCCUCCAUGAGCGCCUUCACCUUCGUCGACCCGAACGAUGAUACGGUGUGCUGGUCGAAUCCGAACCUGAUCGCCUCCAUCUUGAACGGCGACAAGAGCCAGGACGGGGGCAAGAGCAGCCGUCCUGCACUCGCAGAUGUCAUGGCGGCGGAGGCGAAUGAGCUCAUGCUUCCGGCAGCAGUGGCCGCGGCAGUCAGGGGCGGCCAUCCUGUUCCGAACGGACUGCCCUGCGACACAGAGGAGGCGCUGCACAGUAUCUACUACUCGAUCGGCGUUCUCCUCGGUAACGCCAUCACGAACGGCGUGCACUUCACAGCUCCGAUCGCGCCGUUGGCGUUCCUACUGAUGAAGAAGGCGAUAAUGAGCGGUGACUACUCAUUCAAGAACUUCAUGUGGCUGGAGCCGGCGGAUGGAAACCUGCUAAGCCCGACGCUGCUGCUGAGCUCCGCCUACGAAAUUCUCAACAUGACGGAUCACCAGUACGUGGCCUUCCUACACAUGCGCGCCCUGGGCAACCCUGACUCGCACAUCUUCCCGGUCGUUCACAGUCUUGCCGACGAAAUCAGAGAGGGCAAGGCAUCGCUGCAGCAGCAGGAGCAGCAGCAGGAGCACUCGCAGGCAUCGUCGUCGAAGCAGCAGCAGCGUCGACAAGGCUCGGAAAGUGUCAAGCUCUGCUUGCAUCAGCGAUCGCGCGACGCAACGAACGCCUCGACUCCGCUGGACCGCUCGCUGAACACACCCAGAACCCCGGCGAGCGUGCUUGGGUACUUGGAGUCGAUCCAAGCCUACAACCGCACGGGCAGCGCAUUUUACCGCAGCCACUGCGACAUGAGCAACGAUAGCGGUGGCGGUGGCAGCUGUGUGCACUCCUUCUUGCUUGGCGCGCACGUGCCUCUUCGGGACGCAAUACAAGAGUAUCGUGAGCAGGUGCAGAGGCAGCAGACAAAGGCGAUGAACAGCAGUGCCCCGCCGCUGGUGCGGAAUAGCCGAAGCAACGACCAGCUGCACGGGCGCUUGCCCUCGCGCCGCGAGUACAUCUCGCUCUACCUCGCAAACGACCUUGCCUGGAGCCCCGUGCGCCGUGACGGCCACGGGGCGAAGAACAAGGAGUUGUGGGCGAGCAUGGCUCGCGGAUUCAUGGCCUCCUCCCUGGCGAAGAGUCCGCUCAUGACGCGCUGCUGCUCACGUGUGAUACGCGAGGUGCUGUGCGUGCCGCGCACAGCGAGUUAG